AUGUCUACAGAAGCUUCCACGCAAACUGUUGCUGCUCCUUCCAGCUCUACUGAAACGACACAAGAAAAGUCGCGUCCUUCACCUGCACGACAAGAAACAAUAGUUGCUGACCAAAUUCUGACAAGUGAUCAAGAUGCCAAACAUUCGCAAAUUUCUCGCGUCUUUGUUAUUGCUAUUGACCAUUCUAGUCAUAGUCAAUAUGCAUUCGAUUGGGCGGUUAAAAACAUAUUGCGAAAAGAAACCGAUUUGGUUGUAUUGAUUAAUGUUCGACCAAUUCCUUCAAUUCCUGGCCCAUACACUAUAGGCGCGACUUAUAUGGAUUUCAGCGAAAUGAUUACAACUGUCGAGGAACAACAGCCACCAACUUUUGCAGGAUUUUGCUUUGAAAUUGAAAGCGCAGAACCAAUUGCGAUGAGAGGUGACGCACGCGACGAGAUUGUUAGAAAGGUGACUGAAGUCAAUGCGGAUGCUUUAGUAAUAGGAUCUCGUGGAUUAGGACCAUUUUGGGAUCUGUGA